GCGGUAGUUCCCAUCAGAGGAAUAUUCUGCAACGAAGGGAAGAAUUUGGCCACGUACGUGUCUUCAGCCAAAGAGAUUGCCGAUUGGAUGUUGAGAAAGGGGGAGGAAAAAGUUUUAUUGGAUGGGAAGGAGCAUGUUUUAUCUUUUAAACCAUGGAUGGAUAUUCAACAACUUCGAAAAUGGAAAGAGGGAUGGAUAUUCAACAACUUCGAAAAUGGAAAGAGGCAAUGAGACAGAAAUAUUUCUGGAUUCGUUGUUUGGAAGUACCUGUUUCUGUGCUUGGCUUAUUAAAAGGGGUUGUCGAGGAUGUCUAUGGUCCGGUAGUGAAUGAGUAUCCGGCUUACAAAAAGCCUUUGGAUCCGAACCUGAGGGAUGUUCGAUUUGACCUCAAUCCGUCAGCUAAAUUGAAAUAUAAGAAGUAUUUAGAAAUCAAUCUGGGACAGUAUGGGUUUGUGAGGAUGAAAGUCAUAUGUGCGGAGACGCCAUGGUGUCCGAAUUGUCGGCGCCACUUUCACAGAGAAAUGGAUGACGACUGCCCAACCAAGAAACGGAAGGAGAAGGGGGGAAAACAUGAGGAACAGAAGAGGAAUGAGGAGCAGAAGGAUAAGGAUGAAGAGAAGGAAGCGGUAGGGAAGAAGGAGGGCGAGGAGAGGGUGAAAAUCACCAAGAGGAAAAAAAAGGGGUCGGCCUCUUCGGGGAACGGUAGGUCAGUGCCCAAAGGUAAAGUGGAGAAAGGGAAAAGGCGUCCCCCAACGUACAAGGAAGUGGUGAAAGGGGAUCGAGGGGCAGAGGAGGGGAAUGGAAAGAAGGGUGAGGAAGAAGGGGAGGUUGAAAGAAGGAAGAUGGGGGUGGAUAAGGAAAAAAAGGGUCAAAUGGAAAAGAGUGGUAAAACGGUUUAUCAAAGGAUGAGGGUUGUAAGGAGGUGGAACAUCAGAAGCAGGGGAACGACGGAAAGGAAGGAGGCACAAAAGGCGGAGGGGAGAAAGAGGCGGGGAAAGAGGGACGUUUGGAAAAWACCCCCCCCCCCCCCCCCMYCCCCCCCCCCCCCAACGUACAAGGAUGUGGUGAAAGGGGAUCGAGAAGUAGGAAAGGGGAAGGGAAAAAUGGGUGAGGAUGAAGGAGAGGAAGAAGGAAGGGAGAUGAGGGUGGACGAGGAUAAGCAGGGACAAGAGGAAAAGACUGGAAUUAACGAUACAUCGAAGGAAGAGGGUGUGAAGGAGGAAGAACAGCAAAAGCAGGAGAGCGACAGUAAGGAAGACGGCGCAGGAGGGGUAAGGGAGGAAGAGAUCGAGGUAGAGGGGUUCUUAGAAGGAAUCGACCAUCCCCCCCCCCCCCCCCUGAACCCUUUCUCCCAGCAGGAGGAGGAGGGUUGCCCGUGCCCCAAGAUCGCGAUAUUGUCUCCAAGCCAAAAAGAGAAGGGAGGCUCUGGUACGGAAGAUGCGGUCCCCUCCUCCCCCCCCUUCGUCUUCCGUGGUCCCCCGACAUCAGAGAAAAUGGAACAGGGGGUAAAGGAAGACCACAGGGCUGUUGAGAACACAGGACUGGCACAAUCCCCUCAUCCUGAGCCAAAAGCCCGGGAGUUGAUUUCAGAGAGUGGGACGCCCUUUCAUCAAAAGAGGAAAGGUCGUUCAACCUCUGACAGAAGAGAAGGGUUGGGGCCUGUUGAGUGGGGAUAUAGAUUUUGAUAUCCCGGAGUUAUUUCAGGAAGGGAACUUCACCUAUGAUAAAGUCCCUGCCAAUUA